UCUCACGAUCUUCGAAUGCUUCUUUCUCUUCUUGAAUCUGUGAAGAAUUCCUCUCAAACCCUCGUCUUUGAUCGGAUCUGAGAGUGCCUUUGGGGAUCUCUCCCCACUCUCUUCAACGCAUAUGGCGUUCAUGGCGGUCCUUGAGUCCGAUCUGCGAGCACUCUCCGCGGAGGCCCGCCGGAGGUACCCAGCCGUGAAGGACGCCGCCGAGCACGCGAUCUUGAAGCUACGUUCUCUAUCUAGUCCAAGUGAAAUUGCUCAAAAUGAGGACAUAUUGAGGAUGUUUUUGAUGGCUUGUGAUGUCAAAUCAGUAAAGCUGAGUGUUCUUGGACUCUCCUGUUUGCAAAAGCUCAUAUCGCAUGAUGCUGUUUCAUCGAGUUCUCUAAAAGAAAUACUGUGCACAUUGAAAGAUCAUGCAGAAAUGACGGACGAGACUGUACAGCAUAAAACCCUACAAACUAUUUUGAUUAUAUUCCAGUCAAAGUUACAUCCUGAAAGUGAGGACAACAUGGCUCAAGCAUUAGGCAUAUGCCUCCGGCUCCUUGAAAGUUCACGGUCCUCUGACAAUGUGCGGAAUACUGCUGCAGCUACAUUUAGGCAGGCAGUUGCUUUGAUAUUUGAUAAUGUAGUUUCUGCUGAGUCACUGCCCGCGAUAAAAAUCAGUCCUAGCAGUCAGAUUUCUCGCACCAGUUUUGUCACUGAUGAUGUUAGUCGUAGCAUCACUCACUCAAUGUCACUGGAGAGUGAGUUUGUUUCUGGGCGAGCAGCAGUACAGGGAACUCUCACUAAAACUGGGAAACUUGGGCUUCGUCUACUUGAGGACCUGACAGCUCUUGCAGCUGGUGGAUCUGCUACCUGGUUGAGGGUUAUGGCUGUUCAACGAACAUUUGCUCUGGAUAUACUCGAAUUCAUUCUAUCCAAUUAUACCCCCAUAUUCUGCUCACUUGUUUCUUAUGAACAGGUAUUGCGCCACCAAGUCUGUUCACUUCUUAUGACUUCUCUUCGGACCAAUGUUGAGGUAGAAGGUGAAGCAGGGGAACCGACCUUCCGCCGCUUGGUCCUGCGUUCGGUGGCGCACAUUAUCAGGCUUUACAGUUUGUUUCUAGUGACAGAAUGUGAGGUUUUCCUUAAUACACUGAUAAAAGUAACUUGCCUAGAUUUGCCACUAUGGCAUCGGAUUCUUGUUCUUGAAGUCCUGAGGGGCUUUUGUGUAGAAGCACGGACAUUACGUCUUCUUUUUCAGAAUUUUGACAUGGACCCAAACAAUACUAAUGUGGUGGAGAAUAUGGUCAAAGCACUUGCACGUAUUAUUUCAACAAUUCAGGUUUUCCUUUUUAUUACCCUUCCUUUCUUUUUGUAUUUGCUUCAUUUGAUUAUUUCUCUAUUCUGCUCUCAUGUUGCUCAAUAUGGAUUUGAUUUUGCCAGGGUUAUGUGUAUUGAAUUGAUUACAGAAGGGGAAAGUGUCUUGGAAGUUCUUAGCAACCUGGCCUUUGGUCAUGAUAGACAUGAUCUCACAUUUUCUAGGAUAUAA